AUGUUGCAGUUUAACAGGCAGCAGGAGUUUCCUUUGCUAAAACAUAAAGAGAUGGAAGCACCAAACGUCCUCCCACAGCCCAGCAAGGGGAAGGAAAAGGAAGUCGCUCAUAUAGACAAGCAGAAUGGUUCCUCUGCCACCACUCCCUUGAAUGCCCACCCUCUACUGCAACCAGGACUUGGGACGAAUUACAACUAUUAUGUGGACGACGAAGAUGAGGAAGAAGAAGAGAAAGAACAAGAAAAAUGGCCACAUGAAGAUGCAUUUCAGGGAGAAAGCAAGGCCUCGUCAUUUAUUCCUUGCUCCCCUGCUGCUUCCUCCAGAGCCCCGUCCACAGCAUCUGCUCCAUCCGUGCUGAACAUCAACGUUGGUGGCCAAAGUUACCGCCUCACCUACCAAGCAGUGGCCAUCUAUCCCAAGACCCGCCUGGGCCGCCUGGCUACCUCCACUGACCGUCGUCGCCAGCUGGGCCUGUGCGAUGACUACGCUGCCCAGGUGGAUGAGUAUUUCUUUGACCGGGACCCAGCUGUCUUCCAGCUGGUGUACAAUUUCUACUCCUCGGGGGUGCUGCGGGUGAGGGACGAGCUGUGCCCCCGCAGCUUCCUGGAGGAGCUGAGCUACUGGGGCGUUCGCCUCAAGUACACACCCCGCUGCUGCCGCAUCUGCUUCGAGGAGCGCCGCGACGAGCUGAGCGAGCAGCUGAAGGUCCAGCGGGAGCUGCGCUCCCAGGCAGAGGCUGAGGAGAACGAGCAGCUCUUCCACCACAUGCGCUACUACGGUCCCCAGCGCUGGCGCCUCUGGAACCUCAUGGAGAAGCCCUUCUCCUCUGUCACCGCCAAAGUGAUGGCUGUGGCCUCCAGCUUCUUCGUGCUCAUCUCCGUGGUGGCCCUGGCACUCAACACGGUGGAGGAGAUGCAGCAGGUGGACUGGAAGAGUGGGGAUAGCCGGCCUGUCCUGGAGCAUGUUGAGACCUUGUGCAUCGCAUUCUUCACGUUGGAGUAUCUGCUGCGCUUGGUCUCUACCCCAGACCUGCGCCGCUUCGCCAGCAGUGCCCUCAACGCAGUAGACCUCAUUGCCAUCCUGCCCCUCUAUCUGCAGCUGCUGCUUGAGUGCUUUACUGACGAUGACCAGCCCCGGGGUCGGGGCUCCCAACACGAGCACGACAUCGAGAAGGUGGGGCGGGUGAGCAAGGUAGGACAAGUGCUUCGCAUCAUGCGCCUCAUGCGCAUCUUCCGCAUACUCAAGCUGGCCCGCCACUCCACAGGGCUGCGUGCCUUUGGAUUCACCUUGCGCCAGUGCUACCAGCAGGUGGGCUGCCUUUUGCUCUUCAUCGCUAUGGGCAUCUUUGCCUUCUCUGCCAUGGUCUACACGGUGGAGCACGAUGUUUCCAGUACCAACUUCACCAGCAUUCCGCAUGCUUGGUGGUGGGCUGCCGUCAGCAUCUCUACAGUGGGUUAUGGAGAUAUGUGUCCAGAAACUCACCUUGGACGCCUGUUUGCUUUCCUCUGCAUUGCUUUUGGAAUAAUCCUGAAUGGCAUGCCCAUCUCCAUCCUCUACAAUAAAUUCUCGGACUAUUACAGCAAGCUGAAAGCCUACGAGUACACGGCUCUCAAGAAAGAAAGAGGGAAGGUGGACUUCAGACGGAGAGCCAUGAGGAAAAUAUCCGAGUGCUGCGGAGAAGGUGCAUCCCACCCUUUGUCACAGCAAGGAUAG